UGUCAGCCCUACUUCCAGCUCUGUUCGCCGCCGCGGUUUCUCGGGUCCGCCAGCUUUUGUGCGGUCCCGGAGCCUCUGGCAGGGAGACAUGAUCUGGGCCAUGGGGCUCUCUCUUGUCUGGUCGUUUCCAGCCGGCGCUGCCUUUUUUGUGCUCCUGGGUACAGCCGCCGGAUCCCACAGUCUUUUUUACAACACUACGGUGCUGUCCUGGGAUGGCUUUGUUCAGGCCAGAUUUUUUGCUAUGGGAUACCUGGAUGGUCAGACCUUCCUGCACUUUGAUGACUCGAAGUGGAGGGCAGAGCCCCAGGGACAGUGGGCUGAAAGGCUGGGAGCAGAGACAUGGGAGACAGAGUCCAAGGACUUGAACGAGGCCUGGAAGGAGCUCAGGAAACUUCUAGCAGAAAUCCUGUCCCUGCAGGAGGAGAAAAGAGGCUUACAUUCCCUCCAGGAGACCGUGGGUUGUGAGAUCCGUGAAGACAGCCACCCCCGGGGCUUCCGGCUUCUCCACUUCGAUGGGGAGCUCCUCCUCUCCUGCUACCCGGAGGCCCACGGAUGUACCCUGCCCCAGUCCUCGGCUCGGACCUUGGUCAUGGAAAUGGAGAAGUCCUGGGACACAGACGGCUUUCUAAGCAAGCAUUACUGGGCCCACGUGCAGGGAGAACUUUGUGGCAGACUGCGGGGCUACCUGGAAUCCUGGACGGGCUUCAUGGAGAGGACAGUGCCGCCAGCCGUGAAUGUGACCCGCCGCCAGGACUCGGAGGGCAUGGUCCACCUUACAUGCAGGGCUUUUGGCUUCUUUCCCCGGAAUAUCUCAGUGGCCUGGUUUCGGGACGAGGAACCCAUGAGCCGGGACACCCAGGAGUCUGGGGGUGUCCUGCCUGAUGGGAACGGGACCUACUAUACCUGGGAAACCAUAAUAAUUCCCCAAGGAGAGGAGCAGCGGGUCAAGUGCCUUGUGGGACACAGCGGGAAUCACAGUACACACCUCGCACCCUUGGGAAAGACCCUGGUGCACCAGAGAUCACUGUGGAUCAUUGUGAUCACUGUUGUUGCUGCUCUUGCUGUUGUUGCUCUCAUCGGAUUUUGUGUGUGUGUCUAUAAGUGUAUUAACAGGAUGACAGCAUCGGCUACUGCGAGGCCAGAGCCUAUUAGCCUACAAGACCUGGAUCAAUUCCAGAUGGAGCCAACUGAUCAUAAUGGCCUCACACACCCAGAAUUUCAAUCCUUGUGUCAGACUCUGGAUCCAUCAGUUCAACUGGGGAAGCUUAGAACGUGCAGCCAGAAGGGCUGAAUUCAGCUCCCUGUCCUGGUCUUACUAAUGUUAGGGGAAGCACAGUGACUGAAACUGCCUACCCUGGCCAGGCACCAUCGUAACCAUUUGCAUGAGUUGUUUUACAACAGGAGGUCCUCGUAAGGAACACGGAACUAAUAAGCCACCCCCAAC